AUGAACCGACGAAUUAACAUUAUCGACUACGAUGAAGUCGCGCGAGCGAUGGCUGCAUCCUCGCAGACCAAGGGAAAUAAUUCACCUGUAGCGCGCAAGGUAGCUGGAAGCAGCACAUCCACUCCAGUCAGACCGAACAAGAUCAGCAGUGUACCUGCAGCGAGGAAGGAACCAAGGGCGCCUGUUACUGCUAUUCCAAGCCAACAUCUGAGGGGCCAACUUUAUAAAGCGAAUGGGCUAAAGAUACUAUUGAAUGACCAAGAUGGCCUAGGAGACAAGAAGAGACAACACGCGCGGUUGGCAAAGUCUCUCCUCCACAAUGACUUGGAAAAACUCCUCGAUAUCGUAGAGCAGUAUGCAGGCACUGAGAAGCAAAUAGAGUUCUGCAUCCUUGAACUCUCAAAGGUUGAGGUAGCAACCUGGAUCGAACAAAAGGAAACUCUUGCUCUUGGGCGCCACCCCAAAUCAACAUUACCAAGUAAGUCCCAGAUCCAUGCAAAGAAAACGGUCGCUCCUUCACAUACCCCUGCAGCUCCGACCCUGAACAAUGGAACAACAACUCCCUCCGUUCCUUACACUAAGAAAAACAUGUCACAUACAGCUGUACGGAAGGAUACACGCGAGCAGCCCGAUAGCCGGAAGAGACGAAUCUAUGAAGAUGAGCCAGAUGGCCAACCGCCGCAGAAGCUUCAAAAGCUUCAGAAGCAGGAUACUCCGGAAGAACCAGUAGCUACAGCAGAUGACCAUCAAACCGAUGCCAUUCAACAGGGCAAUUCAAGUCCUGAAACAGUAUCAUCAUUUCCUCAAAUCAGCGAGAAAAUCAAUACGCACAAGGUCGCUAGAGAUCGCGAAGUGCAGCAGAUGCGGUUCAUGAGCAAUACUGGGAUGGAUCCUUCCAACCUCGACCUAUCCACCACGAUCGUUCACAAUAAGAAGAAUGACAGAGUGCUUACCGCCACAACUAAACCUCGUACUGGCGCGAUCCAGUUAUUUGACACAACAGUACCUCGAAACACAAGCAUUCCGCCAAUGCUUCACGCCCCUUUUCUGAAACAAGGAAUACACAGCCGCCACGGCGCCUUCGUACACGACCCCGAUCGUAACACAGGCCACGGCCAUCAGAUUACUCCAAACGAUCGUCGUAGAUGGAACGAUUUCAUAGUGUUCAAUGGAAUGUGGCGUUGUCAUAAGCCGCAUUCUGUAUCUGGAGGAGAGGCCAUGUCGGCCGAGCGUGAGAUCAAGGAGACAUGGGAGAAGUGGCAGAUUUGGUACGGCAGAUUUGUCGAGAAGUAUCCAGGGUAUGCGGUUGCGCACUUGUGGCCGUGUGGGUGCGAGAAGGCAGUUGAGGGAGACGAGAGUGAUGAAGAGUAG